CUCAUGUGAGGGUAACAAAAAACAAACAAAAGAUUACCUAGCCAGAGGAACCCACAAAAAUAACAGAAAUCAGGAAAGCAUUGGCAUGACACCUUACUGAUAUCCUUUGUUCGGUAUAACCUGAGGAAGGUGAGCCUAUUCGUCAACAUUCCCAGCGCAGAGAUAAGAACUCAGGCCCAGAGGCCACUUUCCACAACCAGUUACCGCCGAGGUAGUCCAGCUGCGUGGCCGCAUCCCCUCGGUCCUCCCUCACCCCGGGCUCAGCGAGCACAAGGCGAAACCAUAAGAUAAACCUGGGAUGAGGGUCAACGUCCCAUUCGACCCACCCGAUCUUCCUUCGAUGUAGAGAUAAGGUCGGAAUCGCCUCCUCUCCACAAGAGGUAACGGAGACCACAAGGUAUUGUGACAAAAGUACGGGGCUGGAGGAGGCAGCGCGUGGAGGUGGAGCCCAGGUCUGACUCCACAAGUGGCAGACCCAGCUCAGGCUCCGGUGGAGGUGACCGCCAGUCCGCGAUGAGAGCCCGACCUGCCGCGGGGCGCUCGCAGUCCCAGAAGUCCUGGAUUGAAGGUGUGUUCGACAAGAGAGAAUGUAACAAAAUCAUACCCAGCUCCAAAGACCCUCACAGAUGUACUGCAGGAUGCCAGGUCUGCCAGAAUUUAAUCAGGUGUUACUGUGGGCGAUUGAUUGGAGACCAUCUUGGGAUGGAUUAUAGCUGGACCAUGUCAGCUGCCAGUGGUGGUGAACAUGAACAAUGGUCUGUUGAAAAGCACACAACAAGAAGCCCUACAGAUACCUUUGGUACUAUUAAUUUCCAAGAUGGCAAGCACAUCCACCAUGCCAAGUAUAUUAGAACUUCUUAUGAUACAAAGAUGGAUCACCUGUUACAUUUGAUGUUGAAAGAGUGGAAGAUGGAAUUGCCAAAGCUGGUGAUCUCUGUCCACGGUGGCAUCCAGAACUUCAAGAUGCCCUCCAAACUCAAUGAGAUCUUCAGCCAGGGUCUGGUCAAAGCUGCCGAGACAACGGGAGCGUGGAUAAUAACUGAAGGCAUUAAUACCGGAGUGUCCAAACAUGUUGGGGAAGCCUUGAAAGCACAUUUCUCCCAGUGCUUGAGAAAAAUCUGGACAGUUGGAAUCCCUCCAUGGGGUGUCAUUGAGAACCAGAGGGAUCUUAUUGGAAAAGAUGUGGUGUGCCUGUACCAGACCCUGGGGAACCCCCUCAGCAAGCUCACCACACUCAACAGCAUGCAUUCCUACUUCAUCCUGUCCGAUGACGGGACUGUGGGCAAGUAUGGGAACGAGAUGAAGCUCAGGAGGAACCUGGAAAAGUACCUCUCUCUGCAGAAAAUACACAGCGGCUCAAGACAAGGCGUGCCCAUGGUGGGGCUGGUGGUGGAAGGAGGUCCCAAUGUCAUCCUCUCGGUGUGGGAGACCGUGAAAGACAAACACCCGGUGGUGGUGUGUGAAGGCACUGGCAGGGCGGCCGACCUCCUGGCCUUCACCCACAAACACUUAGCAGAUGAAGGGACCCUCCGUCCUCAGGUGAAGGAGGAGAUCAUCUGCAUGAUUCAGGACACUUUCAACUUCAGUCUUAAACAGACCAAGCACCUUUUUCAGAUUCUAAUGCAGUGCAUGGUACACAGGGAUUCUAUUAUCAUAUUUGAGGCUGAUUCUGAGGAGUUGCAAGAUCUUGACCUAGCAAUUCUAACAGCUCUGCUAAAAGGCACAAAUUUAUCAGCAUCUGAACAAUUAAAUCUGGCAAUGGCUUGGAAUAGAGUGGACAUUGCCAAGAAACACAUCCUCAUACAUGGACAGCAUUGGAAGCCUGGCUCACUGGAACAAGCAAUGUUAGAUGCUUUAGUGAUGGAUCGGGUGGAUUUUGUGAAGCUCUUAAUAGAGUAUGGAGUGAACCUCCAUCGCUUUCUUACCAUCCCUAGACUGGAAGAGCUCUAUAAUACAAAACAAGGACCUACUAAUAUGCUCUUGCAUCAACUUGUCCGAGAUGUAAAACAGCACACCCUUCUUUCAGGCUACAGAAUAACACUAAUUGACAUUGGAUUGGUAAUAGAGUACCUCAUUGGUGGAGCAUAUCGCAGCAGCUACACUAGAAAAAAUUUCAGAGCCUUCUACAAUCUCUACAGAAAACACAAGCGAGCGACCGGCUUUGCUCAGAGCCUUUCCCAGUCCCCUGCUCCCGGGAGAUGUGCCUCAGGAAAGAGAAAGGAAUCUGCAGAAAGCACGCUGCAUUCCCAGUUCAUCAGAACCGCCCAGCCUUACAAACUCAAGGAAAAGCCUAUAGUCCUUCAUAAAUCAAGGAAGAAGUCAAAAGAACAAAAUAUAUCCGAUGACCCUGAGUCUACUGGCUUUAUUUACCCUUACAAUGACCUGCUGGUUUGGGCUGUGCUGAUGAAAAGGCAGAAGAUGGCCAUGUUCUUUUGGCAGCACGGAGUGGAGGCCAUGGUCAAGGCGGUGAUUGCUUACAUACUCUACCGAGCCAUGGCCCGUGAGGCUAAGGAGAGCAACAUGGUGGAUGAUGCCUCGGAAGAGAUGAAAAAUUACUCAAAGCAGUUCGGCCAGCUUGCCUUGGACGUGCUGGAAAAGGCAUUCAAGCAGAAUGAGAGAAUGGCCAUGAAGCUGCUGACCUAUGAACUCAAGAACUGGAGCAAUUCUACUUGUUUGAAACUGGCCGUGUCCGGAGGGCUACGGCCCUUUGUUUCGCACACUUGUACCCAAAUGCUACUGACGGACAUGUGGAUGGGGCGCCUGAAAAUGAGGAAGAUCUCUUGGUUAAAGAUCAUCAUAAGUAUUCUUUUGCCACCCACCAUUUUGACGUUGGAAUUUAAAAGCAAAGCGGAGAUGUCCCACGUUCCCCAGUCCCAGGAUUUCCAGUUUACGUGGCAUAAUGGUGACCAGAACCCCAGCAGUACCAAGGAGAAUGCUUGUGUGAAAGACUGUGAUAUGGAGAGGGGCUCUGAUGAGAAGCUAGAUGAAAACCAUCACUUUGUUGUUAGGAGUGGUCCCCAGACCCUUCCCUUGACCAGGAAGGUCUAUGAGUUCUACAGCGCUCCAAUUGUCAAGUUUUGGUUUUAUACGAUGGCGUAUCUGGCGUUCCUCAUGCUGUUCACUUUCACUGUGUUGGUGGAGAUGCAGCCUCAGCCCAGUGUGCAGGAGUGGCUCGUUAUCAUUUACAUCUUCACCAACGCCAUUGAGAAAGUCAGGGAGGUCUGUAGUUCAGAACCUGAAAAGUUUACUCAAAAGGUAAAGGUAUGGAUUAGUGAGUACUGGAACCUCAUGGAAACUGUGGCUACUGGCCUGUUUUUGGUUGGUUUCGGCCUGCGGUGGGGGGACCCUCCUCUGCACACAGCGGGAAGGCUCAUCUACUGCAUUGACAUCAUAUUCUGGUUCUCACGACUCCUGGACUUCUUUGCUGUGAACCAACAUGCAGGUCCCUAUGUGACCAUGAUUGCAAAAAUGACAGCAAACAUGUUCUACAUUGUGAUCAUAAUGGCCAUAGUCCUGCUGAGCUUCGGAGUGGCACGCAAGGCCAUCCUGUCGCCCAAGGAGCCCCCGUCUUGGAGCCUCGCACGGGACAUUGUGUUUGAACCAUACUGGAUGAUGUACGGAGAAGUCUACGCAUCAGAAAUAGAUGUUUGUUCAAACAAGUCGUCCUGCCCUCCUGGUUCUUUUCUUACUCCGUUUCUCCAAGCUGUCUACCUCUUUGUGCAAUAUAUCAUCAUGGUGAACCUGUUAAUUGCUUUCUUCAAUAAUGUUUAUGUAGAUAUGAAAUCCAUUUCAAAUAAACUGUGGAAGUACAAUCGCUAUCGCUACAUCAUGACCUACCACGAGAAGCCAUGGCUGCCCCCACCGUUCAUCCUGCUGAGCCAUGUUGGCCUCUUCCUUCGCCGCCUUUGCCAUCACCAAGCUCCCAGUGACCAAGAAGAGGGCGAUGUUGGGUUAAAACUCUACCUGAGUAAGGAGGAUCUGAAAAAACUUCACGAUUUCGAAGAACAGUGUGUGGAAAAGUAUUUCCAUGAGAAGACGGAAGGUCUGAGUUGUAGUUGUGAGGAACGAAUCCGAGUGACAGCAGAAAGGGUUACGGAGAUGUACUUCCAACUGAAAGAAAUGAAUGAAAAGGUGUCUUUUAUAAAGGACUCCUUACUGUCUUUGGACAGCCAGGUGGGGCACCUGCAGGACCUCUCUGCCCUGACAGUGGACACCCUCAAUGUCCUUUCUGCGGUUGACACGUUACAAGAGGAUGAGGCUCUCCUGGCCAACAGAAAGCUUCCUACUUGCAGAAAGCUUCCCCACAGCUGGAGCAAUGUCAUCUGUGCAGAGGUUCUGGGCAGCAUGGAGGCGUCUGGGGAGAAGAAAUACCAGUAUUACAGCGUGCCUCCUUCUUUGCUGCGGAGCCUGGCCAGAGGCCAGCAUCCCCCAAGAGUGCAGAGGGGACCCCUUGUUGAGACUGCAGUCCGUCACAGAGAGACUUCAAAUCUAAGAAAUGACCAGGAAGAGCAAGAAACGGGAAAUAGUAUAGUUGCUUCUUGCCUUGACGGGCAAGCCCACCCAAAGUAUGGCCACUUUCUUCUGGUCCCUUCUCAUCGAAAGCACGUUCCUUUUUCUGCAGAAACGGACUUGCCUCUGUCCAGAUCACCUGUGGAAGUGGGUACAGGUGCGCUGGCACCUGAACAGGUUGCCCGGAAUGGAGUCCCUGUUCAUCUGACUUGGCAGACCCCAGUUGUCUCGGCCCAGAGCUUGGUGGCUGAACACAAGGAGCAGACGCAUGAGCCAGUCGUUCCCAUACCAGCCCGACAAGGCAGGGGAGAGAAAGUUCUAACCUCUUUGAUUUGCACACCUGCACCCGUGAAAAUGACCUUCCCUUCCCGGGCUGAGAGCGUGCAAGCUGGAGGUGGAUAUGUGAACUGGGCAUUUUCGGAAGGUGAUGAAACCGGUGUGUUCAGCAGCAAUACACAACGGCAAACCUGGUUGGCCUCCACUUGUAACAGGAACGCUAAGGAGAGUGGACAAUGCCGGAGGCAGGUCUGGGGCCGAUCCCUCCCUAACACCCCAACAGGUUGGGCCCAGCACAGUGAUUGCUCAGAGGUGGGGCCAAGACUCCAGCCAAGCACUUCCCUUUGGACCAAUCCCCUCCGCAGAGACAGGCCCCUCUUUCGGAGUCAGAGUUUGAGAAUACACAAGGAGGAGAAACGGAAGGCCUGUAAGGUUACAAAUUGUUCAGGAUCUUCAGAGAUGGGACAGUCAGCAUGGAUCAAAGCAAAAAUGCUAACCAAGGAUAGGAGGUCGUCAAAGAAAAAGAAGAAAACACAGGGACUCCAGGUGCCCGUCAUAACAAUCGAUGCCUGUUUUCAAGGUGACCAAUCAAAUGCAGAGCCAGGAGAAAGGAACAUCUCCAAAGAAGAGGAGUGCGACAGGAACCGGCUGGCAGUGUCCAAGUGUAGUCAGUCAAGUAUUUCUGCUCAGGAUCUGAGUAAAAACUCUUUGAGGAAUUCCUGGAGCACCAACCUCAAUAGGAACUCCCUGUUGAGAAGUUCAAAUGGAGUUGGCAAAAUCUCAGCUUCCUUAAAAAGCCCUCAAGAGCCUCACCAUCAUUAUUCAGCCAUUGAAAGGAGAUGUCCUUCAUAUCGCAGACCAGAGAUCUCACUGAACGCCUCACCUACACUUCUCUUUGCAGUUGGGGAAGAAGUAACUGUCUACAGGCUGGAGGAGAGUUCCCCUUUGAAUCUCGACAAAAGCAUGUCCUCCUGGUCCAAGCGCGGGAAGACUGCGAUGAUCCAGGUGUUGUCCCGAGAGGAGAUGGACGGCGGCCUCCGCAAAGCCAUGAGAGUCAUCAGCACCUGGUCUGAGGAUGACGUUCUCAAGCCGGGGCAGGUUUUCAUUGUCAAGUCCUUCCUUCCUGAGGUUGUGCAGACAUGGCACAAAAUCUUCCAGGACAGCACUGUGCUGCAUCUCUGCCUCAGGGAAAUUCAACAACAAAGAGCUGCUCAAAAACUAAUCUAUACCUUCAAUCAAGUGAAACCACAAACCAUUCCCUAUGCACCAAGGUUCCUGGAAGUUUUCUUAAUCUACUGGUAUUCCACCAACCAGUGGUUCACCAUUGAGAAGUACAUGAUGGGGGAGUUCCAGAAGUACAACAACAACAACGGCGAUGAAAUUGCCCCCAGCAACACCUUGGAGGAGCUGAUGUUGGCUUUCUCUCACUGGACCUAUGAGUAUACUCGGGGAGAACUGCUGGUUUUAGAUUUGCAAGGUGUUGGAGAAAAUCUGACAGAUCCAUCUGUUAUAAAACCUGAAGACAAACAAUCCAGAGGAAUGGUGUUUGGACCAGCCAACUUAGGGGAAGAUGCAAUUAGGAACUUCAUUGCAAAACAUCGUUGCAACGCCUGCUGCCGGAAGCUCAGACUCCCGGAUCUAAAAAGGAACGACUAUUCCCCUGGAAGGAUAAAUCCCACCCUUGGACUUAAAAGCAAAGUAGAACCACGUGAGGGGCCUCCAGUAAUGGGAAGGGGUGGUGAUCCUUCGGAAGACCUCACUCGAUUGUAAAAGGGGGAGAAGAAGAUGACGCCCCUGCCCUCCGUGCCGUGAACCGACUCUAUCGUAACAGAGGUUGAUUGACGUAACAAUGAUUACGUCAGAGCUGUCAGACUGGCCUUGCCCUGAGGGACAUGCCUCCUGGGACAUGCUUCCUGAGCCUCAUGUCUCCUUUUGCCUAAAGACCUCAUUUGUGUGUGAAGGCUGGGUUCUCCUAGAUGUUGACCUGUGUGCUUCGUCUGUCAUCCUCCAGUUUCAUGGGAAGACACCUGGAGGAGCCAGCUGGUCUCUGAGGUCCCUUGGAGCAGAAUGCUGGCAGUAAAGAGUCAGGGAGACAAAUAUAAUUUAUUUUCUCACUAUGCGUGCACACUGUAACCCCCACUGCUGUUCAUCACCUCACCCACAUAUUGUAUUUCUGUAGAUAGAUAUACAUUAAAAAGUUAUUGGACUUCCUCCCUUCUCCUCUCCCAGAGUGUGAGGCUUUGAACAACAACAAUAAGGAACACCAUGAAACAAGGGUGUAUUUGCACAGAUUGGAGCACAUGCCUGCACUGCCCAACCAGCGAAAAGUUAGUGUUCUGGUGAAGUCGUGAUGGGUGGAGGUAUUGUCAGGGAAUCACAUGAUGCCUGGGCAUUUCAGGUUUCUUUGAAAGAAGGGGAAAGGGAAAUAAACAAAUGCCCUUGCAUCAUUUUUCUUUUUUUAAGGGGAAUGGGAUAUGCAAAACUAGAUAUUAUUAAGAAAUGUUUUCCCUUCCCUUAAGCUCAGGGUUACUAUUAGUUAGAGAGUUGACUAAGCCAGCCUCUAAAACACCACUCCCUUUUCUAAAGCUGUAUAUAUAACAUUAAAGGUUAACUUACUCUCCGUUACAGGGAAAGAUGGGUUUCCUAUGGGGAAAGAUCCUAUGAGGAAAGAUGGGUUUCUGAUGGAAAAUAUGCUUUAAGAUGUUUGCUUCACUCCAGUGUAGAGUUCCGGUGGCUUAAUGAGUGCUGGGUGUAUUUUAAGGCUGGCCUGAGAACAUGUCAUCAUUUCGGAGGCCUGAGGGAAGGGUCCUUGGAAGCUAUACCUUAUAGCACAUUUGGGGGAUCAGUCAUUUCCCUUCUGCACUGUCAGGGUUGCCCUACCUCAGAACAAGCAUGAGCCUUUCACACAAGGAGGAGACAAAGGCUGGGAUCCUCUCUCCCCUCCCCGCUGUGUGUCCUUUUCCUUUUUAUAGAGUGUUCCAACCAACCAGCCACAAACCUCAGUUUGAGAAAAGUCACCUUAAUCAUUAGGCCUUACAAUGGCCAGCUUGCUUUUUAGAUCAACACUCCUGCAUUCUUAGGUUAUCCUUCAGGGGAAACCUUGUCCAGGCAUAGGGGGAUUAUAGCCAAAGAUUUAGUUUGCCAAGGAUCAUGCCUGAUUCUUGUAAGUGUGAGUUGCACAAGGACUAAUUUAUAUCCAUGUUAUUUUUAUCUUGGGGGUGGCGGGAGGCAGGAAAUUGGGUGAUUUCUUGAUUGGCAGUAGGGAUAAAGUGUUAAUGCCCUUUUCAGGGCUUAACUGCUUUAUCCUAUUCUGCAAAUCAACAGGGAUCUAUUGGUACUCAGUUCAUUGCUGUGUUCAACUAUGGAAAGAGGCAGUUUGCCUGUCCAAGGGCCAGAGUAAAGGCAUUAAUUCAGUGUCAGCUGUUUGUUACUUGGAAUGGAACUUGAAAACAAAUACAUUUUUAUUUCAUAGUUU